GUUUAUUUCACAUCAUCAAAAUAUUCACAAAACAAAUAAAAUCGCACAUGGCAGGACAAACAAGUAGCAACAAAAUAUGAUGGAGGAGUAAAAAUUAUUUCCAAUGGGGUCCUACUUUAACUUGUCAAAUAUUAAGUUGGAAACUUUAUUUGGGCUGUAAUAUCCAACCAAUCCUGGCAGAGUAUCAAAGCAUGCUAUGAUGUUUUUUUUUAAUUUUUUAUGUAAAAGGUUAAAGAAACCCCAAUAUCAGAGGUCUCUGAACUGUCAAUAAUCCCAGAAGUAGAAGAAUGUGCUCCAUACUUCACUAAGGAACUUGAAACAAAGUCAAUUGCUGUAGAUGGAGAAUCUACAGCAAUUCUUCAGUGUGCAGUUGCUGGCAUACCUAGACCCCAGGUAACACCUCUUUAUAGUGUGAUAAUUUUAUUAUCACAUAGGGAUUGUAGGUGGAUAGGAAAAGGUUACAUGGUAUGUUGAUAACAUUGAGAUUAUUGAUGUGACAGAAUAUAUUGUCAAACAUACAGAGGAAGGCAUUUGUGAAUUACACAUUCAGGAGUGUAUGCCAGAAGAUGAAGGUUAUUACACAUGCAAAGCAGUUAACCAUCUGGGUGAAGUUACAUGUACAGCACAGCUCCUGGUUGAAGUUGGGGACCUAAGACACUAUGUGGCAGAGAUAGUAAAAGAAAACAAAUAUGAAAACAAAUAUUCCAUUAAUUCAAGUUCUUUUGGAUCAAGUUUUUUUAAAUCAAGUCAAGGUAUGGAUGACAGUUGGUCAUCAAUCUCACAAAAGCUGCCAAGUGAAGGUGCUAUCAAAUAUGAAAGUCACAUCGAAGACAUAUGCAACUCACUAAGGAUGUUUAGUCAGGUCAUGAUCCCCCAUCAAAUGAUAAACUCAGAUAAGCAGAUCAUUCAACUUAUGAGUAAAAGCAUUAGUUGGAGAAACAAAGAGCAUCUAAUAUUUGAAUUAAAUGAUCAAUCACCUGAAGACCUUGGCAAAAUAUUUGCUCAUGUUUUAAUUGCUGUACAUGAUAAACAGGAUGUUUUAGAGGAAAUCCAUGAAUUAUGUACUGAUGAUAUAGUCAGUAGUUUAUCAGCUGAAUGUAAGAAAUUAAACUUCAGAUACAAUAUUACAGAAUACUCCUAUAGCAAAUCUAUUAAUGUAUCAUUUUUAAUUCAUCUGCUAUGUAAUGCACCAACACUUCAGACACUUAAUGUACCAACAUGUAAUAUAAGAGGUGUUACUCUGAAGAAGAUUUUUGAUGCAUUGUAUGAGGAAGGAGUUGUGUUAGAAUUAAGAUAUUUUGAUAUCAGUAAUAAUAUCCUCAAUUACAUCAAAGGUUCCUCACUUGCCACUUUGCUUGCUGUAGCUCCUAAGCUGAAUGAUCUUGACAUGAGAAAUUGCAGUCUGUCAGGGGCUGUUAUGGAUGAUAUGGUUAAGGAGUGUUCUAGUUGGGGAGUAGUGUUGGAAUUAACAUGUCUUACUCUCAGUGAAAAUAACCUCAAAGACAUCAAAGGUUCUUCGCUUGCCAUGUUGCUUUGCAUUGUAGCUCCUAAGCUGAAUGCUCUUUACUUGAGCAAUUGCAGUCUGUCAGGUGCUGUUAUGGAUGAUAUGGUUAAAGAGUGUUCUAUUAGGGGUGUAGUGUUGGAAUUAAUAUGUCUUAAUAUAAGUGAAAAUAACCUCAAAGACAUUAAAGGCUCUUCACUUUUCAUGUUGCUUGAUAUAGCUCCUAAGCUGGAUUAUCUUUAUGUGAGUGAUUGCAGUUUGGCAGGUGUGGAUGAUAUGGUUAAAGAGUGUUCUAGUAGGGAAGUUGUGUUGGAACUUUAAGCUAAAUAAAAUAUUGUUAGUUUCACUACAGGAUAUGAAAUUUACUAUUUGUUAUUUACAAUCCUCUAUACUAUUGGUAAACAGGCAAAUAAUAUAUAUAUAUUUUUCUUUAUUAUAAAAGAAGUAAAAUUAAUUUUUGUAAUGUACUCUGCCAUUUAUAUUUCCACCUUAGUUUUUGACAAUUUUUCAGUUUGUCAUUGUUUUCAUUUUCCAUUAAAAAAUUAUUUUUUAUUUUUUUUAAUAGCAAUUAAUAAUUUUUUUUUCGUGGCUCCAAAAUUUAAUGAGGACGGAAACAUGAUCUGUAUUAUUAAACUGAGAAGUCUUAACAUGAACAAUUGUAGUCUACCCUGUAAUAUUGUGGAAAAUUAAUUAAAUAAGUAUGUACUGUUUUUUUAUUUCUUCUAAUAUUUUAUCUUUUUAGAAUGAGUAAUUACAAUCAGGUAGAAUGUUUUGCAGAGGAGUUUGAUAUGUAUCUAAUUCUUUGUUGUAUAAUUGUUGUUGAUCUGCUUAUGACAGGCUCGCAAAAACUGAUAAAGAAAAAGCUAUUAUUUUCAAUUCCUUUUUUCAUUCUGUUUUUCAAAAAGAUGUUUUUCCAAUUACUGAGCCUUCCCUGAAGCUUCUCUUGGUUUCCUGGCGUUACCAGUCAUACAGCCUGAGUCUGUUUAUAAACUUCUAACGUCGCUUAAAAUUCAUAAAGCAAUUGGCUGUGAUGAACUCAGUAACCAUGUUUUAAAGGUGUGUGCCAGGCCUUUAUCAAUUCCUAUCUGUCAUAUCUUUAAUAAAUCAUUGACUACAGGUAAGUUUCCUUUUGUUUGGAAACAAUCGAACAUUGUUCCUAUUCACAAAUCCGGUACUAAGAAGUCCAUGACUAAUUAUAGACCCAUCUCGCUGCUGCCUACCAUCUCUAAGUUGUUUGAAAAAAUUAUGUUUACUCAUAUUUGGUCUCAUGUCUCUCCUGCCAUUUCCCCUUGUCAACAUGGUUUCGUUCCCGGUAGGUCAUGUGAGGCAAACUUAGCUUGUCUCCUGACUACUGUGUAUGACUCCAUUAAUGACAAGAGGCAAUGCGAUAUUAUUUAUACCGAUUUUUCAAAAGCUUUUGAUUUAGUUCCCACAAUUUACUUAUUUUGAAAUUAAGACAAUAUGGUUUUCAUUUUAAUCUUUUGUCAUGGUUUAGAGAUUUUUUAAAUGGCAGGCAGCAUAGAGUUGUUAUUGAAGACGAGACAUCGGGUUGGCUUCCGGUCAAAUCCGGUGUCCCUCAAGGCUCCAUCGUAAGGCCUCUUCUAUUUAACCUGUAUGUGAAUGAUAAUCCCUUUAUAAUUAAAAACUCAAAAUGUCUUAUGUUUGCAGAUGAUUUAAAAAUUUUCAAAAAAGUGGAAAACUUAGAUGACGCUGACAAGCUUCAAGGAAACCUAGACAAACUGUGUUCUUGGUCGCAAUUAUGGGGUAUAGUGUUGAAUCCUCAGAAGUGCAAUACCAUAACCAUCACUUUAAAUAAAAACAAAAUUAAAUAUAUUUAUUUAGUUGACGACAUUCCAAUUAAUAAGGUGCAGCAUCAUCGUGAUCUCGGUAUUAUUUCAGAUUGUUCUCUCACAUUUUCUUUUCAUGUUGAAAGUCUUCUUAAGAAGUGCAAUAUUCUGCUUGGGCUGAUGUGGCGCAAUUGUAAAUACUGUACUGGAUACCCAUUCUAAGAUUCAUCUCUACCUCACACUUAUUCAAACUAAUUUAGAAUUAUGUUCUAUUAUUUUUAAUUCAUUCUCAAAAACUCAGGCCUCGCGCAUUGGGCGGCUUCAUUCCAGGUUUUUGCGCUACAUCAGCCACAACCAGACCAUUGAGAAUAAUUUAAACAAUGACAUUAAAAAUACUUGCAACAACGAUUAUCACCUUUCUAUACUUUCACCUCUGUCCCGCAGAUAUCUUAAAGAUCUUAUUUUUCUAUUUAAAUGUAUGCAUUCCAUUUGUGAUUGUGAUUUAGUUUCUUGUUUUGGCCUCCGUGUUCCUGUUCGUAAUUUAAGAAAUAACAAUGUUCUUAAUAUUCCUUUUAGUAGAGUUAAUGUUUGAAAAAAAAGGGUUUAUUAGUAGAUUAAGUAUAUCUUAUAAUAACUUAGUUCAGGCCUAUCCCAAUAUUGAUAUUUUUAAUUCUGACUUGCCUAUUUUCGUCGUACUAUCUUGGAUGUGAUUAGUUAAGUGUUUUCUGUUUCCUGUCUUGUGUACCAUUCUGUAAGUGUCGGAUUUGUGUCUGCUGUUGAUUUGGUUUGGUUAAUAAAUAAAUAUAAUUAUAAUAAUAUGUAGGCCUAUGUAAUUCAGUGCAAUAUUAGAUAUGAUCAUAGCCCCAUAACCAGGGUGGAGUUUGGCCUCUCACCUUUUUUAUCAAAAAAAUCAGAUAAAUGCAACAAUCUUCUCAUUUUGCAUAAAAAGCAAAAUCCAUUUAAAACUAUAGGCGUGGGAGACUACCCCAUUCAGACUAGCUUCGCAUUGCGAUCGGUUGUAGCAGUUGCGACACCCAAUCGCACCCAAUCACAAAGUAAAAUUGUGUCUGAAAGCUCAGCAAUAGUAGUCGAUAAGUAAUCAAUUUCGCAAUUGUUACCCAUUGCGAUUGGGUGCUACAAUCUUUAUUACUCCGAGAAUACCACGGAAUCCGAUCGCAACGGAUUCCACAGGCACUGAUUGGCUGAGGUCAAACAAAACAGGACGACCUAUAUCGUUACUAGUGAUGUAAAGUAUCAAAGUAAAAAGGUGUCUGGAUGCUGUCGAAGUUUGCGAAUGGUUGCUAACAAUUUGGAUUACAACUGUUUACAACCGAUUACAUCGCAACCGGUCGCAAUGCAAAGUCUAGUCUGAAUAUGGUAUUACUUACAUCCUGGUUAGUUUACUGUACUGUCAUGGAUUGAAUUUACUAUCAAUUAGAAAGCUUCAGCUAAUAAAGAAAAUCACAGCUUGUCUUGUCAUUCGGACACCAACAUUUUAUCAUAUCACUCCUAUACUCACUUUUUGAAUCUAGACCUUUCAUAUAAUUUAACCUUUACAAGUCAAUUUAUACUAUACAUUAUACUGUAUACACUGGAAAUUCAAUAAAUUGUAUAGUUACAGGCCUACAUUAUCGAAGAGUUGUAUGUUGGCCUCGAAAUAGCUUUGGGGUCCAGGAUUUUGGGAUUUGCUGCCACCCUCAAACCCCCAACAGGUUCCUAAAGCCAGGCACUCACUACAUCUAAAUUAAGUAACAGAUGUAAGAAGGUUUAUAAAGUUAAACAUGUGUGACUGACCAGGGCAGCUAUAUAAUUUUUGCAGAUUAAGAGAUUCUAAAUCAAUCGGGCAAAAUCACUGGUGAUGCCGACCAUUAACCCACUACUUACCAGCCCUCUUAUGAAUCUCAUUCUCUGGAGUUGUUAUGAAAUGAUACAUAUAUGAACAUAUGAAAGUAAAUUAAGUUUUUACUAGACAAAAGCACCACUGAAAUUUGAUAGUCAUUAUCAUCAUCAUCAGAAUUUUUCCAUAUUAAAUGCGGAGACAUUGGCAGAUCCAGGAAUUUGAAAUAGAGAGAAAGGACAUUCACUGAUGGAUGGAGGGUGACUGUAGAAAAUAAAAUUUAUGAUUAUGGUACCAUAUCUCUAGAUGGCUGGAAAUGGCACGCAAUAUAUAUUUUUUUUUUCCCUUUAUUAUUUUAAAAAUUAUUUUGGAAAGAUUAAGAUUGGGGCCUGGACCCUGGUGGGGCUGAGGUGCAAAACAUUGAGAAUAUGAACUUCAAGUUACCUGGAAAUUGUACUCUCUUAUUUAGAAAUCUUACCAGUACUAUGUUCAUAAAUGAAAAAAAUAAAAUAUCAACAACACAACAGUUAGUAAUUAAUACCCCUACAAGGUCCCACAUUACUCCAAUUCUGCACUGGUUACCAGUAAAAGCAAGGAUUUAGUUUAAAAUUCUGCUUUUAACAAUUAAGUGUAUACAUGGCUUUGCCACAAAGUAUAUGACCGACCUCAUAACGAUUAGGGAACGACAGGAGCAUAAGCUUAUAUCUUCAAAGAAGUUCAAAUUAUAGUACCCAAAGGAAGAAUUCUGUCAAUGCUAGGUGAUCGGGCUCUUCAACUUGCUUCAGCUGCUGCAAAGCUAUCAUAUGGAAUAACUUGCCCCCAAUAAUUAACACCGAAACGUCCAUACACUCCUUUAAAAUCAAACUUAAAACAUUCUUACUUAGACAAGCCUUUAAUAAAUAAGAUGGGUCUGCUCAGUUGCAUUUGCAGAUAUUUGGAAUAUUGUUUUUGUUUUGUUUUUUUUUUUACUUUCAGUGCUGUU